AUGCACAUUCUCUCCCAACUCUCCAUCUUCCUGUAUGCGGCAUCGCUUGUCUCAGCAGGAUGCUCAGUUUGUCCUGCAACCUCUAUCCACGUCGAUCCAUUCGUCUUACUAUCCCAAUCUCUCUCAACAGUGGAAGAUGUACUGCGGAAGAUGGAUCAGGGUGUAGGGAAGUCACGGUCAAGUUCGAUUGGCUUUUUGUGCGAAACUACUGCUGUCGGGAUGCUGAGCAUAAUUAUGACGAGUUCGCUACCGGCCAUGAAAGUAGGGUAG